AAACAUGGGCUUAUUGAACUGGAUAAACAACUUUCAAGCUAGGUGCCUCUGUCAACGAUAUGUGCCUAAAGAUAACUGGUACUUUUGCUCACAGAGCCAAGAAGCAUCGGGAAGCCUCGAAACACUUUACGUUCCCAAACCUAAAACAUACGAUGAUGCGUCUGCUGAGUGUGCCCGGAGACGUAGCAUUCUGGCAAAUAUCCAGACUAGAUAUCAUGGAGAGUGUGCAAGAGAACUGCUUGGACCCCGAAACGGUCAGUGCAACAGUUCUUCCAGUGGUAACUGCACGACUUCCUCGUACUUCUGCAAAACCAAUACAUGCAAUGUGUGGGUUGCUCUUCAACGACCAUCUCCAUCCAAAUCCUGGACAUGGAUGUUACCUGUUCCAAUCGUUGCAAAAAACGUUUCUUGGAUUACUGCACCACUACAAGAAGGUGGUGGACGGAACGAAUGCGGAUAUUAUUCCCCGGAGAAAGACAGUUUUGGAAUCGAAUCUUGCUCAAUGAAGCUAAGUUUCUAUUGCCAAAGAUAUACACCAAAAGUGCCCUCCGCCAUAGCUGUCAACUCUACAGACACGCACAUCUACGCACGCAUAGUACAGCCUAAGAUACUUCGAGAUUGGGUUUCUGAUUUCUGCUUUAUGUACGAGAAAAAUGGAACUGCGGCUACCCCGACGGUAGUGUGCGACAAAAAUGAAUCAACUGUUCUGUCAGGCCUGGCAACAAAUACUUUGUACCGGAUCAGAGCAUUCUUCAAAACUACGAUCGGACACAAUAGCAACAUGUCCUCCGAAAUCAAAAUUGGAACAUUGCCGAAAGCACCAAAUCCGCCUCUUAACCCCGUCAUCUCAAGUACUACUAUCACGGUGUUUCUAGGGCAAAUAGAAGAAGGCAACCUUCCCAUACGCCAGUAUUGUGUGCACGGAAUACCUGCUAAUGAUCUGUCCGGGAAUAUGCCAUUGGUACCAGUAUGCAGCGCCUCGAAAAAUGUCACCUUACCUGGCCUAAAACCCAACAUGAGCUAUAAUGUCACCGCCUAUGUUAGCAAUGCCUAUGGAGACAGUGACCAGUCCAGUUCCACUCGCAUUACCACGUUGCCCACAGUGCCAUCUUCAACAACACCCCCAACCUCGGGCAAUGAAGCAAGCACUAGCGGGAUCAGUGUUGGAGGAUUCGUCGGCCUAGCUGUGGCAGGAGUCCUAACUCUAAUCCUGGCUGUAGCCAUGGCGGCCAACCGAAAAAGGAUUUCUCGCUGGUUCUCAUCGAAAGAUUUUAUAGUUCCAGAAGAGAGGCCACAGGAAGCUCAUCCAAUUGAACUUAUCCAGUACGAGGAUGUUCAACGCAAUGAUGAAGGAGAAGCCCACAGGCCGCAAGAUCACGAAGAACAGGCUGUUUCACAGGAGUAUUCCUACGCUGCAGGUGGUGCUCGUAUUAGAGACGAGAAACCUGCAGAAGCAGACACUGACGUGACAGGAACAGAACACAGCCACGACAAGGAGACAGAGGCGACAGCGGCAUCGGGAGCGAGUGCACUGGAGUAUACCUAUGCCACGCCUGUUAGUCGUAAAAGAGACGUGAAACAUGCAGAGUUGGACACAGACGCACAGGGAGCGGAACACAGCGACAACAGCGAGGAACCAGCGACAGAGUUGGCCCAGUCCAAGAUUGGCUGUGAGAACGUGUUGGGCGAGUUUUUGUCACCGACUGAUGAUGAAACCAUUGAAAUCAAGUAUGCCGUUCUGGAUCAAUCAGAAAUGAAGCCAACUUCGCAGUUAACAAGAAGCCAAGAUCCCAAGGUGGGUAUUGAAUCCUCCUUGUCAGUUACAGAAGUAGAGAAUAACUGGUGUGGCAAACCGACGCAAUGGGAUGAAGAAGAGCGUGAGCAUACGUCAUAUGCGACAAUCUGCAACCCCACCUAUGAUGUUGCAGGAGAUCUCCCAUCAAACACUGCUGAUGGAUUCAAAGCCGAACACAUCUAUUAUGCCGCCGUCAACGAUGGUCCCGUUCAUGACAGAAAGCAGGGUUGACGUAUCAACGCCUUCCACAUGAUUUCGAGUCACCACCAUUAGUUCUUUGCAACCUGCGAUCAAUUCAUUGGCAUGUUUCAAUCUCUCCCUGCCACGACCACCCCC